AGCUUACAGCGCCCACUGACGGGUGAGGAUUACCUGGUACCUGUCCUAAACACCAGGAGGACCGGGGUCUGUGCAGACACCGAACAAGCAGUACACAUCACAAUGAUAUGUACAUCCCUACCUGCUUCCAGCUUGUGGUCCAAAGAAGGCGAAUAUGCGAGUGCGAAUUUUAUGCGCAAAAUAUGCAAAUGUCGUCACUUCCAGAGGACACUGAUCCCUCGCUUCUUUAGGCUUGUGGGCCGAUGAGAUGGAUGCAAAUACAGUUGUCAGAGGAGGGAGCGGUGAAUAUAAAUGCAGGGGGAGAGAGAUUGGCUGUCGCUAUAAGGCUAUUAUAUCCACAGCGUGACGGGUGACACCGGGCUUAGACACCGCCGCAGAUGGCUGACUUCAUCGCCGGAGCUCUGGGAGGGGCUUGUGGAGUUAUGGUUGGAUACCCCCUGGAUACAGUAAAGGUACGGAUUCAGACCCAGAGAAGCUACACCGGCAUAUGGCACUGCAUCAGUUCUACUUACAAAGUAGAGAAAGUGUCUGGAUUCUUCAAAGGGAUGUCCAUGCCCAUGUCCACUGUGUCCGUCAGCUCCUCCAUUGUGUUUGGCGUCCAUAGAAACUGUCUGCACAACCUAUGCAAGCUGAAGUAUGGGACGGCGAACGUCAAACCAUCCAAACUGGAUAUUUUCCUAUCUGGCUAUGCGGCUGGAGGAGUACAGGUCUUGGUGUCGUCGCCCGCAGACAUGGCGAAGGUUCGGCUCCAGACGCAGGUGUCUCCGCACCGCUCCAGCGCGUGCGCCCUCCUGACCCAGCCGAAGUACGCCGGCCCGCUCCACUGCCUCCUGACUAUAGUGAAGGAAGAAGGAUUUUUUGGCCUGUACAAAGGCUGCUUUGCCCUUAUGUUCAGAGACUGCCAUUCGUUUGCCACUUACUUCUUGUCAUACGCCAUCUUCCGGGAAUGGUUUGUGCCGGUGGAGCAAAGUCAUUCAGAACUAAUGGGCAUCCUGCUGUCCGGGGGUCUCGCUGGGGUCGUGGCAUGGAGCAUCGCCACCCCUAUGGAUGUGAUCAAGUCUCGGCUGCAGGUGGACGGGGUGACACAGCGGAGGUACAGAGGGGUCAUCCACUGCAUCACUGACAGUAUGCGACAGGAGGGGGUCACCGUCCUCUUUAAGGGACUGUCACUGAACUGCCUCCGCGCCUUCCCCGUCAACAUGGUGGUCUUCCUCACCUAUGAAGCCAUCCUAAAGCAAAUCAAACCUUACUCCACAUGAGAGGACGAGGAGCCCUGAAGGACUGUGAUCGGGACCAAGGCCCAGCAACAUUGGUCCAACAGGCUUUAUGGUCCCUGCCGUGGACCAUAACCUCAGCCACCACCAUGCCCAAGCUUUAGACUUCACAAGUGACUGCACCGGGUUGGAGUUUGGUGCCACCACCUUCCAUACAGGGACCAUUGUUGGAGAUGUACAGGGACUUUCUGGAAUUUUCCAUGGACAUCCAGAAGAUGCUGCAGCCUUCCAUGAUGCUUGUCCAGAAUGUUCUUUAAUUAAAUUCCAGGUUUCUUAACAUUAUAAAGACUUAUAUGCUGGUAAUUUAUGGAAAUAAUAGAGGGGGUCCCUGGACUGCAAUUGGGUUCUGCAUGUUAGGAAAUAAUUGUAUGGAUUGUGCUAAUAACAGUUCUGUUAUUAGGCUCGGUGUCUGGACUGGGAAACCCUCAGCAUUAGAGCCCUUACCCCCUUUAGUCAUAGCAGGGUAUAAGUCACACCUGCAUCUGCUAGGGAAGUUCUUUCUAACCAAAGUGCCUCAAGAACAGCGUUUCCCAACCAGGGUGCCUCCAGC